CUUCGGAGGCACGUGCCUCCCCGCGGAAGAGCGCGAUCUGCCGCCCGCGGUUGGAGCGAGCCUGCUGCUUCUCCGCCUCCGCCUCUGCCUCUUCCUCGCGCGCCAUCGGCGGCCCCUCCUCGCGCUCGCUCUUCCUCCAUCCUCCUCCUCCUCCUCUUGCUGCCUUGGAGCCCGGGUUCGAGGCUGGGCUUGGGCUGGGAUGGCGCGGGGCUGAAUCCGGACCGGCCCCUCCGCCAUGGCCAAGCAGUACGACGUGCUCUUCCGCCUCCUGCUCAUCGGCGACUCCGGCGUGGGCAAGACCUGCCUCCUCUGCCGCUUCACCGACAACGAGUUCCACCCCUCGCACAUCUCCACCAUCGGGGUUGAUUUUAAAAUGAAGACUAUUGAAGUAGAUGGAAUUAAAGUUCGAAUACAGAUCUGGGACACUGCUGGUCAGGAACGUUAUCAGACCAUCACCAAACAGUACUACAGACGAGCACAGGGAAUAUUCUUGGUGUAUGACAUUAGUAGUGAACGCUCCUACCAGCACAUAAUGAAAUGGGCCAGUGAUGUGGAUGAGUAUGCUCCAGAAGGUGUCCAGAAGAUCCUCAUUGGGAAUAAAGCAGAUGAGGAAGAGAAGAGGCAAGUUGGGAAAGAGCAAGGCCUCCAGCUAGCUAAGGAAUACGGCAUGGAUUUCUAUGAAACAAGUGCCUGCACCAACCAGAACAUCAAGGAGUCUUUCACUCGUCUGACAGAGCUGGUCUUGCAAGCCCACAAGAAGGAGCUGGAUGGACUUCGCACAUACACUGCUGACGAACUGAACCUGGUUGAGCUGGAGGAAGACACGAGCAAACCAGAGGGCACAGAGCAUCCUCCCAAGACAACCUGUUGGUGCUGAGGGCCUCCCAGUGUUCUUCCUUUCCCCCAACCCCAGUGCAGGUAGAAAGGCUGCCACCUAGAGAGGGCUGGUUUGCUCUGCUCCAUCCCUCUGGUCAUUGGUUGUCCACCUGCCUGCCAUCUGCCCUGCUGGAUCCUCUUUGGGUUUCCUGGUGUUUCUCCUUGAUUGGUGAUUUCUGUUGUCCCCAAACUCCCUGGAUCCAAACUCUCUCAGAUGGCUCACAAUGUGCAGAAUAUCACCCUGCCAUCUUCAUGGAAGGACUGUGGUUGGCAGUCACAGUUGAGGCUGGUCCAGCAGCCCUCUCAGACUCCAGGUGCCCUGUGGCUUGGGCCCUUUCCACCAAUAGGUGAGCCAUUUGGUUUUGUACCUGGAUGGGGCAGGGCACCUGCAAAGUGAGAAGGAUCUGCAUUUCACUACCAAUUUCCCAGGCAGACCAUUUGCUAACAUACCUUCUGGAGCCAGCCUUAGUAUGGCUUAUUACUCUCCACACCCUACCCAACCCAACCCCAGCCCCAUGUGCUUUGUCUUUAUCUUCUCUUCAUCUUCUCCAGUGCCUGUGCAACAUGGUGCAGGGUUUGACCAGACCAUGAUUGUUCCUGGUUGGGGCUUUUACAGCUGCCUUGGCAGUAGUGUCUUGUUCAUAGCACCAGGUUGCCUGGAGAUGAUUGUCAAAGCUCUCAUCUAGAUAUCUUACCAAAAAUGGACUCUCAUUUCAAAGGGUGAGGUGACCUCUUUCCUUUACUCAACAGAAAUGCUAGGAACAACAGGAAUCUAGCCUUACUGGGAAACAGGGUUGUAUGAUGGUAUUUGGGUCUUAUUCAGACUUCCUUUAUCAGUUAUGGAGAAACCAUGCUUGGUUCUCCCUAGCCAGAGUAGACAUGUCCUUUGAGAAGUCCAUAGAACCCUAUCUUAUGUGGCACAUAGGACAAGUUCUUGCUGAAGAUUGAUUCAGAAUGUUAAAGGGAACUCUUCCCUUGCCCCCAUUAGGUAUCUUUGGUGGUAGUGGUGUUGGGCACUCCAAAGACAUCACUUUGAAUAUACCAAUUCAGGCAGAGAAACCACCCAAUCUAUGUAGCACAUACUUGAAUUUGGUUUUGAGAGCUCUGGUUUUGAAAUUAUUUGCCAACUAUGUUCCUUCCAACCCUGAAACAGAAUGAGACCUUGCAAUCUGUGCAUAGAUCUUCCAACCCAGUCCAUUCUUUUGCCCUCUAGAGCCAUUAUGCCAGAAAUUGCUGACGACCCCCUUCAGACCCCCUUUUCUCUGCAGAUUCAACUUGAAGAUCAAAUCUGGCCCGUUCUUCUGGGGAUUCUCCUACCAUGUGCUGCUAACAUGGCUCAAUCAGAACAAACUGACACCUGCAUGCAUGUUUUACAGGCAUCCUCCUCUUGCCUGACCACCGACUUACUUGAUGGGGGAAGUGUUAUACACUCAGUGGCAUGCCUUGGUAUUCUAAUCCCUCUUAUGCGUGCCUGCUCCAGAGUAGCUGCUUCCUGCGUGCCAACACCUUGAGGAUGCCAAGACUCUUCCUCCCCUGCACACCUGCCAGAAAUGGGUCACCUUUGCCCAAUCUAGACAGAGUCACCAUCUGCUGGGGAUUUUUGGAGUAAGAUGUGCUGGCUUUACAGAGAUCCUCCUACCAAACAGGGAGGUUCCUUUUGACAGGAGGCGCAAACCUGAGACAUUCAGUCCAUGGUUGUUGUGGCAUUGGGUUGUCUUUGUGGUGAGCCAUUCUUUUCCAGCCACAAGCUGAUACCAAAUGGAUCUAUGUUCCUUUGUUCCUUCCUCCUGUUUUUCUCCAUGGAGCUGAUUAAAUUGUAAUACUAAAAAACAAAGUGGGGAAGGGGAAUUACAUAUCAUGAAAGUGAUGCUAGUUGUCUUGAUUCAAAUGUUUUGUCCUUGGGAGCAAAAAGGUGCCUUGAGGUGAAGAAAAAGCACUGGCUCAAAUGUUUGUUCUUUAAAAAUAUCUAUUUUCUUGAGCUAGAAGAGUGUGAGCUAAUAUCAAACCAUUAAAAUGUAGGGAAGCAGUGGUGUUGUAUUAUGGAGACUGUUGCUGACAGGAGGGUUCCUGUGACCAAUUGUCAUUUGGCACUGGACUUUCCCAUUUCGGGGUCUGUAAUAUGGAGUGGUAAUCCACAGAAGGCCACCUCCCCCCAGAGCUAAGGUAUGCUACUGACCUAACCGCCACUAAAUGGAAAGCAUGUGGCCAUUCACCUGCUGUAGUCUUUGUGUAGAAAACCCAAAGUCUACUAGGAAUGUGUUUACUGCAGUGAAAUCAGUGCAGUGCGGGUGUGCUAGAAAAAAUAUGAAUAUUUGCCUGAAAGGAGGAAGGAGCCAGAAUCUGAGGAAAAUAGGAUGGGCCAUAAGAAGAGGAAUUAUCUCAUGGAUCUUUCCCAUGGCCUGAAUGAUGUUGUCUGAUUUGUUUUUGAGGACUUUGCUGGCUUGUGUCAGUUUUGGUUGGCCCAGUAGAUAUGGCAGCAUAAAAUGAAGGCCACUACAUAUGGAUCCUUUGCCCAAGAACAAAUAGCUGCUUUUAUGCUUGGCAGUUACCUACUGAUUGAAAUGUCCUGCACACAAAGUAAAUGGGUUUCUUAGGAGUGCAUAUACUAGUUCUAAACCCCCACUUCUUAACCAAAACCAGAAAGGCUUGUGCAAUUUUUUAUGCAGAUAGAAGAAGGGUUUAGUUAUCACAGGGAACAUUUACCUAUCUGCUGAACAAGUGUGUGAAUUGGUACCGCUGUGUUUCUUCACGCAGUUUUUUUAAAAAACUCGGUGGCUUGAACAGCCCUCAAGAGUGUCGGUCUGAGAGGGAUGCCACUCUUAUCACUGAAGAGAGAAGCAGGCACUGGAAAUCACCAAAUCUUUUGAGACUUGUACAAUAGAUAGAUAACAGUGUUGGUCCUUAGCAGACCAAUGGCAGUGUCCUGAUCGCCCCUGCCUGUCACAGUCUAGCAUCAUGUCGGUGCUGCUUGCUCCACCUAGGAUCUAAGGAAUAGCUGUCUUUCCACCUGUAUAAUAGAAGCCAGGCUGUUGCUACUGCUGCCAACGCACAAGGCCAACUCCAAUGUAUCUUCACCAACACAUAUUGACAAGAGGGAGCAGGUGAGCCUUCUUGCCUGUCUGUGAACUGGAGUUUUUAUUGCCCUUAGACCCAGCCAUAGCUCUUGAUAGAGCAUUGGCACUCAGCAAGCUAUUGAUGAAGGCUCAGGGAUAUUAGGCGACUCUUUGCACUGAGAGAUUGCCACCCCAAUCCAAUGCCAGUCUUCACUGUAUCAUGUCAGAAAAGUGUUCUCUUUAGAGGCCAGGCAAUUCUGCCUGGAUUUAUUGUCAGUGCUAGGAAUGGAAAGUGAGGGGGAUUCUGGAAAUCUCUUCAGUAUUUUGAGGCUCCCUCUGUCCUACAAGUCACAGGUCAUGGCAACUUGUCUGCCUUUGAGCAGAAACUGUUGCAUAUAACUUGUCAUGGGAUCCACCCAAACUUGCAACUGUAUGAAUCCUCUACUGUGUCUGUGACUCUUGUGAACUUUGCACUCUUGACUGGGUUUCCUUGUAUGACCUGUCAUUGUAAUUCAUUAUUUUAAACAAAGAAACAAACAAACAGAAUUUACAAAAUAAAGAUUCUCUCAAAGUGA